CUACAUGAAUUAUUUUUUGGAGAAACAACGUAGUUAGAAAAUACAAGGCUUACGGAAACAGGUCACUCGAGUACAAAGCUGUCUCGACGUCUAAAGUAGGUGAUAAUUUUUUGUUUUUUAUGCAUUGUUGUAACAUGGUUCUUUCGUUGGCGGGUUCUUUUCAAUUAUCUGACAAAACUAAUUCAAUGCUCUAUCCACAUGACGAGAACAAAUUAAUUUAUUUACUCCUUUAAUGUUUCUACAAGCUUAAACACUUGUACACACACAUAACAUGUUGUAGGCCUACGUUAAAAUGACGUUUAAACCUCUUUAACAAUACUAGGACUAACGCAAACAAAUACAGAAGCUACAAUAUUAAAAAUAUAAUUAUAAUAGUAACUUGUGUUUCUUUCCUACUGAGAAUGUUGCUUAAAUUAGAUAGUUGGUUGAUGCCCGGGAAUUAAUGGUGCAGUUGAGAAUAAGUUGAAAUGAGGAGUGUCGAUUCCGUGGGUCAACAUCUUAUAUAAACGCCAUUUUUUAUUUGCAACUUGUACAUAUUAAUUCUAAGGUGAGUAAAAUACCGAUUAGUUACUUGUUUCGAGUUAAACUUUUGUAAUUUAAGGAUGUGAAUCACGAACUUGUGUGUGAAGUAAUAUGUAUUUCAUGUUCAUUGUUAUUUACAAAAUAAAAGUGUAGUAAAGUUGCACGUGUGAACACGAUACAUUCAUUGAAUGCCUUAUAGUGAUAAUAAAGAUGGCUUACAUGUAAUUUAUUACUUGGAGAUGAUUUUUUUCUGAUUGAUGUUUUCAGUGAGGAUAGUGAGACAUUUCGUUUAUUUUAAACUAUAAAGUAGAACUAGGGCAAAAGAAAAUGCAACAGAAAAAAAGAAAAAAAACACGAAGCAGACUGUUGUAAAUUUUGUUGAAAAGUGCAACAUAAAUAUUGUUCUUUCUAUAGGCAGGAUUUAAGUGCAUUUAUUGAAGCAGACAGAUAAAGUCAUACUGUUUUUCUUUGGAUGUAUCUGGAGUUUACUGUAUUUCAUGCUUUUUGUGCAAUGCUAUUCAUGAAAAUAGAGACAUGAACACCAAUACAGUACCACUUGACUAGAAAAAAAAAUGAACCAGUAUUAACCGGUAUUUCAUUUCGUUCGAACCGGAUAGGAACAAAAUAAGAAUUUCAAAACUUUUGAAACAGGAACUGAAAUUUUUGGUUCUUUUCAGAGACCAACAGGAACGGCAAAAAAUUCGGUUCCGAUUAUUGCUUGUGGCAGAUGAUAGUAAACUAAACAAACUUUGUCGAAACCACACACACAGAAAAAAGAAAGAUAAAUGGCAUAAGGAUAUAAUCCUAAGGGAAGGGAUAGACAUGGUGACAGCAAAAUAUUAGACAUAACAUAGAGCUUAAUAAAAUUUACCUUUAAUAUAUUUAACAUUCUACAUCAUAUAUGUUUGUUUUUGCAAAAUAACAUUAUUUUGUAAGCAGAAACUUUUAUUCUGAUAUAAUCCUGCCCGUAAAGCUAGAAAUACUUAAAGAGAUUAUGAUAAUUAAUAUCAGUUCCUUUUAUGAUUAGAACGUAUUGAAUUAUGUUGAUUACAUUCAGUAGUAAUAUUUGUAUGGAGAAAUGAGUCGUUUUACCUUUUCGUGGAGACAGUGCAUUAUCGAUUUUUUAUUAAGGAAACACGCCGGUAGAUGUCGCGUUUCUCGGUGUGACGAAAGAGACGAAUCUUGUAGUAGGAAAAGAAAGCAAUUAACAACUAGCGUGAACGAAGAAGCGUACGUAGUUCGGGGUGAAGAAGGAAGUCAGACCAUAAUUUUAGUUUCUAACGUCAAAAGUGAAGUUAUCGCUCCCAGAUAGGAAAUUUAGUCGGGCUUGUUAGGGUUAAGAAGUCAAGUUGUCACGAGAAGCCGGAUAUCUGUAGAAAUAGCGAAACCUUUGUGAUCGAUUGAAAGUUUAGAAAUUAAAUAAAUAAGCCAGGUUUUGACCCCCCCCCCCCCAAUCUAACAUUAUUAUAAAGCGUAUACUAUAACACUUACUAAAAAACUCAAAUUAUUUGAAUUGACAGUUUUAUGGGUCUCAUUAUUUACAAACUAUCUUAAAACAAGUUGUUAAAAAGGAAAGCAAUAAAUUUAAAAAAAUAAUUAAAUAUUUGUUUGUACACUUUUUAGCACCAGAUAUUCAUAACAGUCAAUGUCACUGCAAAAGCAGAUGUUCUGAAAUUCGGUUAAGCCUAAUCAGCGGAGUGACGACAGAGGUAUGGACGUAUUGGGGCAAGCACGACGACCAUCGUUUUCGACCCAGAUAAGACGGGAAGUUAGCCUAGACUCUCAAGGACCUGGGUCAGUUUACUCCUUGGGAAAUUCCAGACUAACUCUAUGCUCCAGCACGCCCUUGUCUUUCAAAUCGGCUUCAUUUGACCUUGUGGAUGAAAGUAUUCAAGUGGACUUGUCGGCAGACAUUAUUAUCUAUGAUUCAGAUGAUAACAUGGUGAAAAAGAAGGUAAGUCUUCUCCGCAACAAAAAAGGGCACCCUAUUUAUUCCAGAGAAGACAUCAGGGAGCAGUAUUGCAUUACCCAGAAAGAACUGGAAGUCUUAGAAAAUGCUAAAAGAAAUCGACUUUUUAGUUGUUUGGCGGGACAGUCAAAUAUUUUUUGUGACAGUACUUCCUCGAUUUUUUCUUGCAUUGCUAAGAAUAGAGCCUCUAGUGAAGAGAAACUCAACAGACCUUUACCUUCUUUUAGUUCCAGUACAUGGUCGAAUCAUCAUCCUGGACUCAGUGGUGCUGGAAACUUCUCUGAUGAUGAUGAUGAAUUUCUCGAGACUAGUUUUCGUCGAAGACCGAAAUCUGUCUGUCUUUCAGACUCCAAAUUUCGGUUGGCAUUGCUAGUUGACGAGUGUGGAAGGACAAAGAAUCAGAUAAAUAGUCCAAAUUUCGAAAGCUCGGGAAGUCUAGGGAGUUCUAGUCAUUGUAGUGCAAAUAGUAAAUCUGUUAAUAGAGGGCUGGGUUUUACCAGACCUUACCAGCUACAGCUGGGAAGCAAAGAUGGAUCUAGUUUCACACCAAGCCAAAGUGUGGACUCACUGAGUGAAGAUCUUCAAAGAAAAGAGGAUGCACAGGGACCUCAGGUCGAGAAAAGGAUCUCCAAAACUCCAGAUUUAUCUGUGGAUGAACGUAAACAGAAGCAUGUUAGUUUUGACUCGUCUUCUUUAGUCCGCAGUAACACAAUUAGUGAAAUAGAAACUGAAGACAAUGAAACCGUUUCUGUUACCUCCAUAGUAAAUGCUCAAAAAAAUACUACACCCAAUUCAGAACAAAAUAGGUCACAUGAGCGUCUAUUAGAUACUCCACUGAAGUUUUCAAUUGAAAUGGGAGAUGACAGGCUUUUAACUAACCAGUCAUCACAGAUUAAUAGCAAAUGCAACAUUUUGGGGAGACAAAAAAAAGCCCCCAUGAGGGCGCAAGCAACACAAACUGAUGCCUCAGUUAACAUUCGUUUCGCAAUUCCUGCAUAUUUAACUUUAUCCCCUCGAGCAACAGCUCCACCUGAACAAUGGCAUCACGGAAGUCAAUACAACAGCUCUAGUGUACUGAAUAAAACUCAUUCGUCCUGUGAUAAGUUGGACAAAGACGACAGCGAAGAAGAGUUAUUAGAGGUGGACCUAACUACUAAGCAACAUCGGUUUCUAAGUGUCAUUAAACAGAAGAUUGCUCAGGAAGAGAGAGCCAUUGAUGCAGAUAGUGAGGCAGAAAUAAUGGUGUCUUUCAAACCCUACCAUCCUUCUGAACAAAACAAAGAAGAAGGUAAAGAUUCAUGCAGUGUUCAAGAUGUUAAGCAACAUCACAAAACGCUCUGUCGCAAGUUAUCUCUUGAAAGUGCAAAAAGUUAUUACUUGAAAAGGUUGUGUGACCCUUAUGGAAACUUACUUCAGCAAUCAGUUCACAAAAAGUUUCACGAUUCUCUCGUAAGCUAUUUUAAAAAACAGUCCAUAGACCAAGAAACGUUUAGAGCCGAUGGUGAAAAGAAAAACGAAAACAGUCAGGAGUUAAUCAAACAAAAGGAAUUGGACAUAAAAUUGCUUCCAAUUGGCUCUUCCAAAGAAGAUGUCGAUUUUAUAUCUGUUGUUUCCGAGACAGGUGGAGAACUGGCAGACUGUGUUCAGAAAAGCUUUAAAGGAUACGCCACAGGGACUAACCUGAAUCUUCUCAAUCAAAGCGCUCCUGUGAAAUACAUUUUAGAACAAAGUCAGGAGUCACCAUCUGUGACAACAGAUGCUACUUUACAACGUGAAAGUUUUCCACGAACAACUAUAAGCACACCCACGUGUUCACUGUACGAGGAUAUACCUGAAUUUGAUAGCACAGGAUGUGGGACAAACAGUGAUGGUAUUGUUUCUCCUGAUAGUGAGUCGUCUAGCAGCCAUUUCACUGAACAAGAAACAUCUCGCAGUGACAUGUCAACCAGCAGCUCUAACUUUGCCAUCAGAAGCGAAUUGUCUAACAGAAGUGAAACAGAGUGCGAAGAAAUCAGUGCAAGUUCAGAGUAUGUUACAGCAAAUGAACAUUCAAAUCAAGAAAGGGAGAAUCGUGAUGUAAAACUCACCAUCGUGAGUAAUAAUAACAGUUCAUCAUCCACAAGAUGUCGUAAAACUGAUUCUUCAUUAUCUUCUAACAGUCAUGGCUUACGUAGAAGAAAAAGAACUCAACCAUUCGCCGGAGGAAAGAAAUCAGAACAUGUAGUUAGGUACGUCACGGUAACCAAAAACACAAUUAUACAUCUUCUCUCUAGUAAUAAUUCGACAGAUCAUGUGGACUCGUCUGAAGAAUCAACAAAGAAAGAAUUUUCCAGUUCCGACUCAGAACUUGGAAAAAUUCCAGAAAUACCAAUCUACGAAGCUGCUAUAGAAGACGAAUGUGAUCAUACUGGUGACGUCACUCCUGUACUGGCACCUUCCCCUGACCCCUCUAGUAUGCAAGAUGCAACGACUGUAAUUGAAAACAGAAGUGAUGGGACUUCAGGAGAUUUGGUAGAAUCGUUACACGACUCUCUAGGAUGCCAACUGGAAAACAUGACUGACUCUGAUUCACAAGAAAUCGAACCAAACCCAGUGUUAGAUCAGGAAUCAAAUAUAGAAAUUGAUAAAACGACGCAAAAGAGAGUUAAAAUCUCUGAAGAAGUUGUAUCAUAUGGAGACUUAACAGAAAGGCCCUCACAAGAUGAUGACAGCUCCGCUGGCCAAAUUAACCAACACGUUCACAUCGUUUGUAAUAGGAAAGAUGAGAUAUCAGAUCAGCUACCCAAUCAAAAUGUGGAGAAAGUUUCAUCUUCAUCAGAAUAUGUCUUUUCCGAAGCAACCACGCCGAGUUUAGAUAGCAGCACAUCUGAAAGUUUCAUAUUGGACAACGGUGUUGAUCCUAGGUCCGAAAUGGAUAAGUAUCAGUUUGACGAAAUUAAAGAACUCGAUGACAACUUUGAAGGUUUCAUCCAGGAUAUAUGUCCUUCGGAACUCGACCAAAUAAAGCCAAGAGUUAGCGUUUCGCCCACGAAAAGUUCCGAAAGCAUCGAUACAGAUAAAGACAUCCCUUCGGAGGUGACGUCAAGUAAGACUGAUUCACCUGCUCCAGCAGAUAACCAGAGUUCUCAUUCUACAUCUACUACUCACUCUCGUGAUAACGAAGGUGCUAUACCAAAGCACACUUCUGUGUACCAUGAGAUUAUGAGACUUCGACGGAGAGACCGAGAAAAGCCACGACAAGUUGUAGUAACACCAGAGGACUCUGACACUCAUCAUUGUCUAAUACUAGAAAAAUCACAAAACAGAUGUUCUGUGUUAAAUAUGCCAUCAUAUGUUAGAAAAGAUUUUCGUAGCUAUAUAUGCAACUAUUGUGGUGAUAAGAUCACUCAGCAGGACCAACUUUCAGCGCCAUCUGUUGGUCAUGAAAGACACUUCUGGAAACCCUCAAUUCACAAUGUUCAGCCUAUGAUUCGAAAAGCUCGAAACAGAGAAACAUCAAAACAUACAUUCGAUGAACAAUAUGGAAGACAAGGACAUAAAUACACUUGUCAGUCAAGAUGGGACAACGCCAUCUCAAGUGUAGAAGCUGGGAUUCUUGAAGACGAAGAAAAGGAUGCUGGACUUCACCUGGACAGCUAUUUCUCCAGUUUUUGGAUCUACAUCGGACCAACAGAAGAACUAGCUAUUUGGAACCAAUUACUCCAGAAAAACGAGAAUGAUUAUACACAAUCGCCGUUACUUAAAUCGUCUGAUAACCCAUCUCUACAGCGUUCUGAAUCCAUCGAAUCCACAUUGUCUGAGCGAGAGUUCCGGAAGCAGUAUAAAGCUGUUACUCAUCGUUUGGUUCACCGGAAGUCCAGUAUGGAGCUUUACAGUCGGCUGGCAAGUCGGAAAUUAGAAGUUGACAAACACGUAACAAUCCAAAGAAAAAACGGAGAGUUUGGGUUUCGUAUCCAUGGAAGUCGUCCCGUUGUUGUGUCUGCUAUUGAGCCAGGCACCCCAGCCGAUAGGUGUGGGCUGGAGAUUGGUGACAUUAUCAUCAGCGUCAACGGUAUGCGAGUUCUGGAUGCCACACAUUCUGACGUUGUCAAAGCAGCGCAUGCAGGUUCCGAUACUUUAUGCUUGGAGUUAGCUCGCACUUGUCAUUUGUUAACACCCGAUGAACGACAGCCUUCGCAGCACGCUCUUCUUUCAGGUUUUCUCCAAAGACUGAGUAUAGAUGGCGACACCAGGCGGUGGUGUAGACGGUGGUUUGUCCUCAAAACUGACAACUGUUUGUACUGGUACAAGACACCUCAGAUUUCAGAUUUAGCUGGAGCUCUGGUGAUCCAUAAUCAUAUCAUUGCUCGGGUUCCGGGUUCGGGGUCUUCGAACACUUUUCGGGUUUCUAGACACGGGCUCCCUCAUUUGUACUUUGCUGCUGAUGACGAGCAAACUGCAAACAGGUGGAUAAGUUCUUUGAGUGAUGCAGCCAGCAAUAUAUGCCACGUGGACCGUUAUCUUGAACUCUGUCUCACCAACGUUCAUUCACCAGCUUUGACAUUUCCGAAACCAGAUUGUGAAGGAUAUCUCAGAAGACUCGGGAGCAGAUGGAAACGAAGAUAUUUCCUUUUAAAAGAUGGCUCCCUGUAUCUCUAUCUAGACCGAAGUUCCCCAGCUGCAACAGGUUGGUUUAAGUAAAAGGUUCAAUGUUCG